CAGAAAAUGAUAUCAUCGCAAAGUAAUGGUUUAUGAAGAAAUUCCCAAUAAAGCGCUGAGGCCGCCGAGGCUAAUUUGCAGCUGUAAAUGGCGAAAAUCGUAAAAUGUUUUAUCACGCGCAACACUAAAAGGCCUCUGUUGACAAAUAAUUUUUUAAUGUGGUGGUUUUGAACAUGACUUGUGGAUUUAAAUAGAGAGAGAGAUUUGCUCUCUAAGGAAAGGCUUGAAAGGAUUCAUAGCUUUUAUUAUGGACCAUCAAGAAUUUUUUGUGGUUUUUUCUCCACGACCACAAAAGGCAUUUGGAACAGUCUUUUGUGUAAAUAAUGUUAAGCUUAAGAACUUCAGCCACACUUCUUCUCGUAUCUUACAAAUUUACCGCUAAUUGCGAGACACCCAGAAGACUAUUCAUUAGAGAUGGAUUUCCUCUGUCUUGUGGCACAUCGCGGAGUGAUCGUUAAGAGGCUGGAAAUGGCACUGAGGAAAAAAGCCCCCAGAGAAACACUUUGGAAAUACACACAUUAGAGUCUGGUCAGAUAUCUCUGGCUAGAUCUUUGGGGCAAAACACUCUCCGUCAAUAUUACAGGGAUUGUGCUUGAAGUGCGAUGUCAGCCGAGAGUCCAGCAAUUCCUAGAACGGCCAAUCUCUUGGCCUGCAAGCAGUGGUGGAAAGUGUGCUUCCUCUAUGGCGACCAGGACAAGUACUAUCGCCAAAUAUACGGCAAAGCGGCCUCCAAAAGGCUCGCAAUGUCGGCCGCCAGGCAGCAAAACUCACCUCCUCUCAACAUCUCCAACGAUCCAGACGUGAUCUUCCCCUGUCGCAGUCACAGAGGGAUCUUGAUCACGAAGAAGAAGCCCGAUGUUGAGGAGACAAAGCCCAACAGCAGAGUCACAAUACUCGAUGAUCCCUUCUUGUUCGGACUUGAUCCUGUUCCCAAUGGCAAUCAAUCCAGGGACAGUGGCAUUUCCACGGCGGAAAUCCAGCAAGAAUUGAAGAUCAGCGAAGAGGAGCUGAAGAAGCUCCAGCUGAGUAGAUCCAGGAGUGGUUAUUGUCCCAGUGAACCACCUGGAAUCCCUCCGAGACAGCCCGAUAGAGUUCUACCGCCUGAAAUGUUAUGGUCGGAAAAGACGCUGAAAAAAGCGGGUUUAAGUGGAUUUUUGCAGAAAUAUCGCAUGGAAUCUGUGGUGGCGGAGAGAGGGCGCAGGGAGCGGGGAAAGGAGGAUCGGAUUGACAUUGACGCAGCGGGACAAGAUGGCGGACGACGGUGUGACAAGCCGGUGAGAAGAUCGCUGCCAAUGUCUUAUCCUCAGCAAGCCUCUUCGUCUCCGCGUGGAUACGUGCCGCCGCCGGCAGCGUCGCCGCCACACCACCUGCCGCCGCCCUAUCCACAGCAACCGCCACCCUUCGUAUCGCCCCAACCCUCGCCGUCCGCCGCGCCGAAGCUGCAGCCGCUGCCGCCAAAGGGCACGCCGCCGCCCGCCGCCGGCCCGCCCUUCCACGCCCAAACCUUCCAUCCGGGCUUCCACGCCGGCCACUUGGUGGGCGGCCAUCAGCUGGACGUGCAGAGACACUCGCAGUCCGACGAUGACAGCGGCUGCGCCCUCGAAGAGUACACUUGGGUUCCGCCAGGACUCAGACCCGAUCAGGUCCAUCUCUACUUCUCGCAGAUUCCCGAGGACAAAAUCCCGUACGUGAACAGCGUGGGUGAGCGAUACAGGGUGCGACAAUUGCUGCAGCAACUCCCGCCCCACGAUAACGAGGUGCGCUAUUGUCACUCCCUGACGGACGAGGAGCGGAAGGAGCUGCGGCUGUUCUCUGCCCAGCGCAAAAGGGAGGCCCUGGGCCGCGGCACGGUUAAGCAAGUGUCCGCCGGACGACAAUGCGAGGGUUGCGAAGAAGCCACGUCUCAAGGAGAUAUUGUGGUGUUCGCGGCCCGUUUUGGGCCCAGCGCCACUUGGCAUCCCGGAUGCUUCGUCUGCAGCGUCUGCAAGGAGCUCCUCGUGGAUCUCAUCUACUUCCACCGCGACGGACGCCUGUAUUGCGGCCGGCAUCACGCUGAGACGCUCAAGCCGAGAUGCUCAGCCUGUGACGAGAUAAUCCUCGCGGACGAGUGCACGGAAGCGGAAGGACGUGCCUGGCAUAUGAAGCACUUCGCCUGCUUCGAGUGUGACAAGCAGCUCGGCGGACAGAGGUACAUCAUGCGAGAUGGAAAGCCCUUCUGCUUGCCCUGCUUCGAUGCCAUGUUCGCUGAGUAUUGCGACUACUGCGGGGAGCCAAUUGGCGUGGAUCAGGGCCAGAUGAGUCACGAUGGCCAGCACUGGCACGCCACGGAUCACUGCUUCUCCUGCAACACGUGCCGAUGCUCCCUCCUCGGGCGUCCCUUCCUGCCCCGCCGCGGUGCCAUUUACUGCAGCAUCGCGUGCAGCAAAGGCGAACCGCCGACGCCCUCAGACAGCUCCGGCCCCGGACUCAGAGCCCCGCCACGUCCACGGGCGCGACCAGCGCAGCCCGCCUCGGACAAUGAAUCCUCCACGCCACCGUCGCCCGUCCACGCGCCAUCCUCGCCCAAUCGCAUCGUGAGGAGUCCCAAGAUGGGCCGCAGAGCCCUGCAGCGCAACCCCAAAACCCUCGACGAGGCACCCUCACCGGCGGGGCCCUCGACGUCCACCCAGAGUCCCGCCGCGUCGCCCAAUCCAGGCGCCAGGGCGCUGGAUCGCGUGCUGCACGAGAGAAAUCUCGAGAAGAUGCUGGAAAAGGGCUCAGACUCGCCGGCCAGAACCCAGUCGCCGGACCUGCAGCGACUCCUGAGCCGCGACAGGAGCAGAGAACCUCUGGACUUGACUGACCUGAACUUCGACAGCUGGCAUCCGCCGCCAGUCACGGCGCACUUCCUCAUGGAGCAGCACGAGGCCGGCGUGUCCACUUCGAUGCCGGAAUUGGGGGCUGGAGAAGUGGUUCAGGCACUGGAUCAGGCGGACGCCGUCGCCAGUCCGACGGAACUGCCAACGCCAGAUGUCUCGGAGAUUCAGCAAGAGCAGGAGACUUCAAUCGCCAAGAAGCCAGUCAAGGGUGUCCGCUUCGAGGGUGACUUCCAGGAUUCCCUGCCGCGUUCGCGCUCCUACUCAGGUCACUACAAGACGCGCAUAAAGGCGCCGGGGCGGCGAGGGCGCCAUCGCAAGAGCCAGUCGGAGAACCGACUGAGUCAGUCCAGGAAGCCCGCGACGCAGCCCGAGCCCGAGGAGUCCGACGCCAGCUCCGUGUGCUCCACCUGCUCCUCCAGCUCCUCCAGCAGCGACGAGGCGUACCAGCUGCCGCAGCGGCGCCACUACGGCGGCGUGCGCGUGAGCUACGUGCCCAACGACGCCCUGGCGUGCGCCCGGAGCCGGAAGAAGCAGUCGGUGGAGCGCAGCGACGCGGACAAGGACAAUAAGAACUGCAUCAUCUCGUGAAGCGAGACGGUGUGGAUCAGGUUUCAACCCAGGCCAACACAUGAAUUACCUCUGAAAGCUCGAGGAGGAAUGGCUUUAUUCUUUGCAGACUGCGAACAUAUUGAUUUCUUGAACGACCGGAUCAUAUCAAAUCAACUGUUGAUUUAACGCGUUAAGUUGCCUCGACAAUCGAGGACUGUUGACAAAUCAUUUUGCCACGUAUUGCCAAUCUUUGAGUAGGAAUUCUUCCUUUUAGGCAUUUAAGCAUGCAACGAAGUGUAAUCUUUAAGUCCUUAUCAAUGUUUAUUGACUCUUUUUUACUAGACUCUUUCUCCACAUUUUUCUAUUGAGAAUUAUAGACGAAUAAGAAUUUUUAAGUAAUAAUUUAAAAAGAUACAAAAAACUCUUAUCACACUCCAAAGACUCCUGUAAGAACUCGUAAGCGCCAAGAGACUUCCGACUUAAUCAAAAUGUUAGAAGGGGAUUUUUAUAAGGUUUAUCGUGUACUUUUAUUUUAAUUCUUUUCUCAAGCAAAACCUCUUUUAUUUAGUAAAAAAAAAAACUGGGACAAAUUGCAAGACAAGAAUAAUAAUGAUACAAAUGUAAGAAGAAAAAAGAGUG